AUGCGUGCACGUAUGGUUGGACCAGGCUCUUCUUCACAGAAACAAAAGGGACCAGUUUGUGACCCAGCGAAAUACUACGGCUGCGGCCCAACAUCAAACACAAACACUGGAUAUAGAAAAGGCUCACAAGCCGCCGGACCACUUGCCUCAAAGGGCACAUGGGCUGCUACCACUGAUAUCGGAGCAACUGAAGCUGUAGGAGCCAACACUUAUGAAGCCGGAUACAGAAAGGGAUCACAAGCUGCUGGUCCUUUGGCUUCAAAAGGCACAUGGGCUGCUACCGAGGAUAUUGGAAAAACCGAGGCUGUUGGUGCUGAGCAAUAUGAAGCUGGUUAUAGAAAGGGAUCACAAGCUGCUGGACCACUUGCCUCUAAGGGCACGUGGUCUGCUACUACCGAUAUUGGAAAGACUGAAGCCGUUGGAACCGAACAAUAUGAGUCUGGUUAUAGAAAAGGCUCUGAGGCUGCUGGACCACUUGCUUCGAAGGGUACUUGGGCUGCUACUGCUGAUAUCGGAAAGACUGAAGCCGUUGGCACUGAGCAGUAUGAACAGAAUUAUAAUAAAGCACCAGAAGCUCAUGAAGAGGAACAACGCAAACUUGAAGAAGAAACAGCACAAGCUGCACAGGCUGCUGAAGAAGCCGCCCCAGCGCAACAAUAA